GAACUCUGCAAUCGGAUUGGUCGGUCGGUUACAAGCUGUUCGUCGGCCAUUUUGGGGCCGUGUGCAAACCGCGUGUGGCGCAGGCAGAGAUACAGGAAAACUAAUUUGAAAAUGAGCAGCAACGAGUGCUUCAAGUGUGGUCGCUCUGGUCACUGGGCUCGGGAGUGCCCAACUGGAGGGGGUCGUGGACGUGGUGGAAGAGGCAGAGGAAGAGGUGGCUUUAAUUCAUCCAGGGCAGGUUUCCAGUUCAUUUCUUCAUCUCUGCCGGAUAUCUGUUAUCGAUGUGGAGAAUCUGGCCAUCUUGCCAAGGACUGUGAUCUUCAGGAGGACGCAUGCUAUAACUGUGGCCGUGGUGGGCAUAUUGCAAAGGAUUGCAAGGAGCCAAGGAAGGAGAGAGAGCAAUGCUGCUACAACUGUGGCAAGCCUGGUCACCUUGCUCGGGACUGUGAUCAUGCUGAUGAGCAGAAGUGUUAUUCCUGUGGAGAGUUUGGUCACAUUCAGAAAGAUUGCACCAAAGUGAAAUGCUACAGGUGUGGUGAAACUGGCCACGUAGCCAUCAAUUGCAGCAAGACCAGUGAAGUCAACUGUUACCGCUGUGGGGAGUCAGGGCACCUUGCUCGGGAAUGCACGAUUGAAGCUACAGCUUAAACUUCCUUUGUCGCCCCUCCUUUUUCUGAUUGAUGGUUGUAUUAUUUUCUCUGAAUCCUCUUCACUGGCCAAAGGUUGGCAGAUAGAGCUAGUCCCAGGCCAGUGAGCUUUACUUGACGUGUAAAAGGAGGAAAGGGGUGGAAAAAAACGACUUUCUGCAUUUAACUACAAAAAAAAAGUUUCUGUUUAGUUUGGUAGAGGUGUUAUGUAUAAUGCUUUGUUAAAGAUCCCCCUUUCCAUGCCGCUGGUGAAUUGGGAUUUAAUGAAUGGGAAGAGUUGAGUCAGACAGUAAUACUUUACAGGUAUUUUGACAGUGCCUGUGCUAGUGGGAAAGGGCUACUGAUGUGUCUGAAAAAUCCCGCCAUUCAAGUUUGAUGGUCUCAAUGUCCGACCUCAGCUGUUACCUCUGUAUCAGGCCCCUGUCUUCAGCGUGGGUGGAAACACGUCACAGUCAGCUAGUGGCCGUGUCUAAAACAGGCAGAUUAAACCAUAUGCAGCAAUUCGGCCACUGAGUUAGCAUUGGAGAUACAGGUGAAAGCAAGGUUUAUUUUUAUUUUAUUCUUUUGGUUUUUGUUUUCAUGGGAAUGAGAGAAACCCAGGACGUGUAUCAGUUAAUUUAGCAAAUGAGAAGUCUAAGCUAUUCAGGAAUGUCAGAGAAAUGUUUUCAAUAAAAUCGAGAUGUUAUUUUUGUAUACUAUAUCAAUUUAGACAACCGUUUGAGUUUCAUUUGCUUGUAAUCAGUUUUUAAAGUCAGAUGGUUAAAGAAACUGAAGUCCUAGAACAUAGAAAUGUAAUUUUAAACUAUCAAUAAAGCUGGAGGAGGAAGGGGAGUUUGCCUAAA